AUGGCUGCCUCGGCAGCAGCGGAGGCUUCUGCAUCGGGAUUGUGCCCGAGCUUUGCCGUCAUUUGUUCAUUUCUGGAGCGCUAUGGGACUCUCCUGGAUCUACCGGAGCUCACGUUCCCUCAGCUGGAGCGCUACCUGCAGGACACGAGCUCAGUUCCUAAGCUGUUGGUAGACCUGCAUGUGAAGUUGCUGCGGAAAAUAGGCAAAUCUGUUUCUGCAGACAGAUGGGAGAAGUACCUUAUAAGGGUAUGUCAGGAGUUUAACACCACAUGGGCAUGGGAACUUGAAAAAAAGGGCUAUCAGGAGUUGACGUUGGAGUGUAAGACUGGAAUUCUUAAGUACUUGUGUGAAUGCCAGUUUGAUGAGAAUGUAAAGUUCAAGACUGCCAUCAAUGAAGAAGAUCCUGAUAAAAUGCGCCUCCAGCCCAUCGGCAAAGACAAGGAUGGUCUCAUGUAUUGGUUCCAGCUCGAUCAGGAUCAUAACGUACGGGUCUACGUGGAGGAGCAGGAUGAUCUAGAUGGCUCAUCGUGGAAAUGUAUCGUUAGGAACAGAGACGAUUUGGCUCAGAUCCUUGGACUGCUUAAGACUCAGAUUGAUCCCUCGCUGCUUGUCAAAAAGGAUGAGGAGAAAGGGUCAGCGAGUAACAGCCCGAGACCAGAGGACGAAGAGGAGAAGAAAAAAGAGGAUGAUGGGGAGGAUAACGAAGAAAAAGAAUUAGAUAAAGAUAAAUCAAAAGAUGCAUCUCCCAAAACUGAAACUGAUGAGGAUUUUGGAAAAUCUCAAGUUGUAAAGAAAGGAACUUUAGAGGUAAAAGACUUGCAAGAAGACGGCAAAAAAAUUAAAGAAGUAAAAGCUGAAGUUAAUCAAACUAUUAUUAAAGCAGUCAAAGAGGAGCCCAUGGAGGAAGAUGGAGCACAGAAGAGCUUAUCUGAGAUACCUUUGGAAAAGAACAAUGGUCCAUUACCUUCAGAACAAGAGGUGGUGAGGAAUAAGUCUGCAGAUGAAAUACAGAGAGCUAUAAAGAACGACCAGCAGGCUAAAAUCCCUUUAAAAAAGAGAGAGAUGAAGCGAAGCGAGGAUUUUGACGCCAUUAGCACUGGCAGCAGUAUUAUAGUGCGUAAUCCAGCUGUAAAACAAGUUCCAGAUUCCAGGAAUGAAAACGGAUUGAGCAGUGAUAAGUUCAACGGGGAUGUCUCACCUGACGCUAAGAAAGAAUCACAGAUAAAGCAAAAAGAAGCAACCACUGAUGUUUCUAAAGUUCAGGAAAUAAGUGAAAACAAGCAAGAUAAUCAAAAGGAGAACAUUUCAAAAGAUAAAAGCCUAGAAACUAGCCAAGAAAAACCAAUGGAAGUGGAUGAACAUGAUUCCAAGAAGGCAACUCCAGUCACAAAAGGGGAUCAAGAAAUGCCACCAAAGCAAGAAGCUUCUGAAUCAACUGAAAUCUCAUCCAAAACUGAAGCAAUGCAGCUGGCAAAAGAUGCAUCAUCUAGCAUGGAUUUAGAAGAUGGUUCAAAUCCCCCCAACAAGGAAGUACCUGAAAGAUCUACAGUAAUUGAGACCACAGUAACAUCUAAACCUCCAAGUGAAAAUGUGUCCGUCAUAAUGAAUGAGGGCAUACUAUCUUCUAAAGAAAUAGGGCAGCAUGGCAAAGACCAGAAAAUAAAGGAUCACUCGGACGAGACUGAGAAAGAACAAGAAAGUUCCCAGGGCUCUAAAGAAUCUAAGUGCUCCCAUCAGAGGAGUGAAAAAAUCAUCAUCAAUACGGAUAUCCGAACGGCAGACAAGUCCUCCACUGCUGAAGACACAAAAACAGAGCUCAGUCCUGCUGACAAACCAUCAAACACAAUUACUGAGGAACCUCAAAAAACUGAAUCAGCCUCUGAGUCAAAGCUUCCUAAAGAGAGUCAACGUCCAGCCAUUGAGGACAACAAAGAACACGAUGCUUUAACAGAAAAAGAAAAUAAAUCUUCAGAAAGUUUAAGUACAUCAAAGCUUCCUGAAGAGAAUCAACGUCCAGCCACUGAGGACAACAAAGAUGCUUCAAAUGAAAAAGAAAAUAAAUCUUCAGAAAGUUUAAGUACAUCAAAGCUUCCUGAAGAGAAUCAAUGUCCAGCCACUGAAGACAACAAAGAUGCUUCAAAUGAAAAAGAAAAUAAAUCUUCAGAAAAUUCAAGUACAUCAAAGCUUCCUGAAGAGAAUCAACGUCCAGCCAUUGAGGACAAAAAUAAACAUGAUGCGUUAGAUGAAAAAGAAAAGAAAUCUUUAGAAAAUUCGAGUACAUCAAAGCUUUCUGAAGAGAAUCAACGUCCAGCCAUUGAGGACAACAAGGAACAUGAUGCUUUAAAGGAAAAAGAAGAUAAAUCUUCAGAAAAUUUAAGUACAUCAAAGCUUCCUAAAGAAUCAAAGCUUUCUAAAGAGAAUCAACGUCCAGCCAUUGAGGAUAACAAAGAACACGAUGCUUUAAAAGAAAAAGAAAAUAAAUCUUCAGAAAAUUCAAGUACAUCAAAGCUUCCUGAAGAGAAUCAACGCCCAGCCAUUGAGGACAAAAAUAAACAUGAUGCUUUAAAGGAAAAAGAAAAUAAAUCUUCAGAAAAUUCAAGUACAUUAAAGCUUCAUGAAGAGAAUCAACAUCCAGCCAUUGAGGACAAACAUAAACAUGAUGCUUUAAUAGAAGAAGAAAAUAAGUCUUCAGAAAACUCAACUACAUCUGAAAAACUAGAGAAACCUGUCUCUCACACUGAAGAAAAACCUUCAGUUAUUAAAUCAACACUUGAAGAAAAAAGGAUUAAAGACUCCACAGUCAAAGAGUCUUUAAAAUCUGAUGGUACAGUAUUAGGUACAACCACACAAGAAACAGAUCAAAGCUCAAAAGAAACUGACCAAAAGAAGGACAGCAUUUCAAAAGAUGAAAGCCAAACAAGCCAAGAACAACCCAUGGAAGUGGACGAACAUGAUUCCAAGAAGGAAACUGAAGUUACAAAAGGGGAUCAAGAAAUGUCACCAAAGCAGGAAGCUUCUGAAUCAGCUAAAAUCUCAUUCUCAAAAGAAACUGAUCCAUCAGCUACUAAGGUAGAAUCUACAGACCAGGAAAAAGAAAAUAUGAAACAAAAUGAUUUGAAAAAGAUGAUUGAUCCUUUGUCAGCCAAAGACUCCAAUACUGAGCCUCUUAAAGAAGUAGUAGUGGACAAGGAGGAGACAAAGGAUGUCCCUUCAGAAUCAAAAGAAAUAAAAGAACACAAGGUGUCAGUUGUGAAAGGUCCAACCUGUGAUGCCUCCUCAGUGGAUUGUAAUGCUGAAUCUCAGAAAGAAACCCCUAGCAAGAAAGAUGAUCAGGAAAAGCCUCCUGAGGAGAACAUGGAAGCAUCAAAUUCUAAUAGGUCUGAAAAGGACCAGUCAGAUGGUGAACAGAAAGUUAUUUCAAAGGAGGCGAGCAUUACUGAUAAAGCUACAGAAGAAAAUAAACCUGAGAAGAAUCACGAGGCCGAAACAACAACGAGUAAAGGAGGAGCUGAUAACGUGGCAGUGCAAAAAUCAAGACGGAGGGUAAAGGGCCUUACUCGCAGACGAAAAGCAGAGCUACAGCGAGUAGAUGGUAAGGGGGACUCUGAGUCUGACGCAAGCGAAGGAAGGUGUCUAAGACGGUCACCAAGGAUUUGCAAACCAACAGCCAAAGCAGCAGAAAUCCAAGACCGGAAGGUGGACAAAAAACAGGUCACACCCUCAGCUCAGAAGGAAAAAGAGGAAAGUGAUGAAAAAGAGGAAGAAGAAAUUACAGUGCAGAAGAAACCAAGGGAGAAGAAGGAUGAUCCAGAGGGUCAAACUAAAAAGAAGCAGGGCAGACGUCGAAAAAGAACGUCAUGGUCCAACACCCGCACACGACGUAAAAAGAAAGCCUCCGAUGACGACGAUUAUGAAGACGACAGUUCGAGUGAGGAAGAGGAAACUGAGGAGGAUGACAGUGAUGAGGACUACAAGUACGAAAGAACCAGAAAGAGAAGGAGGAACCGCAACAAGCAGCGGAACAGCUCUGAUUCAUCUACCUCAUGUUCAGAUGAAGACCUUCCAAAUGACGACCCCUGUAAACACUGUGGCCUACCCAACCACCCAGAGCUGAUUUUGCUGUGUGACUCAUGUGACAGUGGUUAUCACACAGCUUGUCUCCGGCCUCCUCUCAUGAUUAUCCCCGACGGUGAAUGGUUCUGUCCACCUUGCCAACAUAAAUUGCUCUGUGACAAACUGGAAGAGCAGUUACUGAAUCUGGAUGCGGUACUUAAAAAGAAAGAUCGUGCUGAGAGAAGGAAGGAGCGAUUGGUUUAUGUCGGCAUUAGCGUCGAGAAUAUAAUCACACCUUCUGUCGAGGUAGAGGAAGAAAAAGAGCAAGAGGUGGUGAAAGAGAAGAAGGAUGUCAAGAAGAUUAAGAGCUGGGGCCGAAGAUCAACAAGAGCAAAGAAAUGUAUAAGCUACAGGUUCGAUGAGUUUGAUGAAGCCAUCGAAGAAGCAAUUGAAGAAGAUAUUAAAGAGGCUGAGGGAGGAGGAGCAGGUAGAGGGAAGGACAUGGCCAAUAUCACAGGCCACAGAGGAAAGGACAUAUCCACCAUUUUACAGGAGGAAGGAAAGGAGAAUGGGCGACCCAGGCGGCCGAAUGCGGCACAUCGGAGGAAAAAGCGGCGACGCCUUAAUGACCUGGACAGCGACAGCACCGUGGAAGAAGAAGAGAGUGAGGAAGAGUUCCGUCUCAGCAACAGUAGCGAUGAGGACGAAUUUGUGGCAUCUGAUAACGAGACUGAGGCUCAGUCCUUGGGUGACAGCGACUUUGACAGUGACGGCGAUGGACCGGCCAAAAAAAAGCGAUCUUGGAAACCUGCAAAGCGAAUAAACACACGACCACAACGCAAGAGACGUAGACCCAGGGGCUACUCUGAUGAUGAAGAGCUUGAAGAGACUGAGGAGGAAGAAGAAGAAAUGGUGACUGAGGGUUCCAGUGAUUUCAGCGACAGUGAUCUAGACAUGCGCAGACGUCGUUCCCACCGAAGCCAGAAGAAGGAAGUCAACUACUGCGAGGCAUCUGAGUCUGAUGGUUCCCAGGCAGGCACUAAACCCAAGAAGCACAGACGUCUAACAAGCUCUGGAAGUGAUACGAGUUUCCACUCUGCUGACUCUGAUGGAGAUGGCAGCGCGAGUGAAAAGCGGAAGAGGGACUUGGCUUUAGAGGAAUCUCGGAAACAACGGCAGCGUCUUUCGCUCAAGCGCAGGAGGGAGUCUGAGGAGGACGAUGACAGCAGCGAUUCAGACGAGUCCGAUGAAGACGAUCGGCCCGUGCGUAAGCGGGUAAACAGAAUCGAUUCGGAUGACAGCGAGGAGGAAGAGGCGGAGAAAAAAAGCACAGAGAAGGAGGCCGACGACGGAGCGGAGGCGCCUCCAACUAACGGACAGAGCCCAGUAAAAAACCUCGAGGGAUCGGGGGCUGACCCUACUCCUGUUACUCAAAUUGAAAAUAAAAGCAGCAGCACGCCAACGCCUGGUGCCAACGGCCUUGUUUCCCAGGAGACGCCACAGCAGGAUGAGGAUGAGGAUGAUCUUUUGGGGGUCACAGACCUUGUAGACUAUGUCUGCAACAGUGAACAGUUGAAACAGUCAUGAUUCGGAGGACGUAGUGAGCAGGGUACCUGAAUACUCCUGUGUACGAGAUACCCGGAACGUCAUCAACUUGGCAGGUGCUGGUGGAAACUGGCAUUAAGAGAACACCAAUAUGCAGGAUGUAAAUACAUAUACCAGAACAAGGUGUCAUUGCUGGGGGAGUCAAGAAAGGAUUUCCCAAGAUGUUUUUAUAUUUUAACCUUUGUGAAUAAAAAAAACAAGCCUUUGGCAAACGUAGAAACAACCUUCCCGACCUCUCUUUUACACUAAUCAUGUAGCCAUUGCUUCUCAGCAAAUCAGUAUCAUUAUGCUAUAUUUUUAUUCUAUGUUGAAUCAAAAAAUACUAGAAUAAGUAUUAUUAUGUUCCACUAUUAUAGUUAUUUUUAUGGUGGGACAUCAGAGAUGAAAAACAUAACACAAAAAAGAUCGUUUGUAAAAUGCAUUCCAGUUGUUUUCAUGGUCUAUUUGCUUUUCUUAAAUUCUUAUUUGUAAUUAAUGUUUGUUUUUUUUAAAGCAUCUGAGUGAUUUUCAACAAUCUGAGAAAUAUUUAAAGCUUAAUUAAUGCUAAAUAUUAAACCUAUUUCAUCAAAUCAUCGUCUUCAGUCUAAUUCGGUCAGGGCUUCAUUUACGUGGGGAUCCAGGGUGACUUCAUGUUGGAUGUGCUCACUGUCCAAUUCAGCCAUGUAUGUGUGUUUUGACUUUCCCGGGAAAAAAACUGCAUGUGAAAUGUGAUGAUACUUCCUGCAGAUCUUUUUGAUCAGAUUAUUGUAUCGCUGCUUAAAAUCACAUACAAUGCAGGUAUAAAAUAUCCCAGUAGAUUAGAUUGGAACAUUGAUCCAAAGGUUUAAUACACUACGGGCCAUGAUACAGAUCUAUACAUCUUUUGUAGAUGUUCCUAGUGUGUUAAUGUUUGAAACAUUUUACCCCCACCCCCUUCUUCCCACAAAAAAAGUAAAAUAGUGCAAUCUUUGGAAAUCUUCUGGAUCACAAAUAUACAUAGAGCAAUUUCAGUUAUUAAGUAAUUGGUUUACAAAGUACUAUAAUGUACGUUAACAUUGUGGUAUGGCUGUAUAAUUCCUGCUUUUCAAUGGUGUAUUUGCUGUGCCCAUAUAUAAAGUGCUCAUUGAACUGCACCCAUUACAAGGUACAUGGGACAGUGGUCAUUUUGGCUAGUUAGGAGUUUAGAUUUUCUUUAAGACCUUAGGUGGAGAUUUGUCUUUUUUAUGCUGGUGAUUUAGUCCAACAAAAUCGGCUUGUGGUAAUUAAAUCUGUUCUGGCUGGUCCUCUCCUGAUUUUUUUUUUUUUUUUUUUUUUUUUUUAGAUUAAAUGAAUAAUAAUAAUAAUUUGAAUCUCCAUCAGUGCUAUCAACCUGUUGGGCAUCUAGAUACAGACACGGAUGGCUAAAAUAGUCUGGGUUGGGGAGGGGGUGCCCAGUGCCCUGUGAUGGAUUGGUGUCCUGUCUGGGGUGUGUUACUGCAUUGCCCCCAGUGAGAAGCCAGACCCACCAGGACUCUUACCAGCAUAACUAGUCAUAAAAUGUUAAAAUUAAAGGAAUAACAAUACUUUUAAGCACCCUAAGAGAAACAACAAGCUUAAUUGGCAUUAUUGCAAUUCAGAUCUGCAGUUCACAAUAAAGACACAAGUUAAGUAGAGUGGGAGUAGAGCCUGAAACUUAUGUUCAUUUUAUUCAAGUGUAAUUGUUUUAUCCUUAAUGAAAUGUAUUAAAAUGAUUACAGACGUCCCCCAUACGAAACUCUUUUUGUCUGAAUAGGACUUAGGAUGGACACUUGGUAUAAAACUUGUAAUUACUUAUGACUGAAGAUCACUGCUUUAUUGUAUUACAUUUUGUUAUACUAUUUAUUGUUGAAGAUGUACUAUUUAAAUGCGGCUUUAUCGUGUAUGUAAUUCAUAAGGGUAACAUCUGCCAAUUUUUUAA